GUGAGAGUCACAGUCAUGUUCACUGUUCAUUAUGUUCCUUUUACAGCCAACCCCUCUCGCCCUGUGGUAUCGGGCUCCACAGGCAGGUCGCUGCCUGGGCAGACAGUGAGCUUCCCCUGCCAGUCCAAAGGUUUCUCCCCCAGAAACAUCAUCCUGAAAUGGUUCAAGGAUAGGAAUGAGCUCCCAGCCUCCCAGACCGCCGUGGACCCAGAGGGAGACAGCCCUUCCUACAGCGUCUCCAGCACAGCCAGGGUGCGGCUGGCCCCGGGGGAUGUUCACUCCCAGGUCAUCUGCCAGGUGGCCCACGACACCCUACAGGGGGACCCUCCUCUUCGUGGGACUGCCAACGUGUCUGAGGCCAUCCGAGUUCCGCCCACCUUGGAGGUUACCCAACACACUGUGUCAGAGACCCAGGUGAAUGCCAUCGCCUGCCUGGUGAAGAACUUCUACCCCCGGCGCCUACAGCUGACCUGGCUGGAGAACGGAAACAUGUCCCGAACAGAAACAGCCUUGACCCUCGUAGAGAACAAGGAUGGGACCUUCAGCGGGAGGAGCUCGCUCCUCGUGAAUCUGUCUGCCCACAGGGAGGAUGCGGUGCUCACCUGCCAGGUGGAGCACGAUGGGCAGCCGGCUGUCACCAAAACCAUCACCUUGGAGGCCCUGGCUCACCAGAAGGACCCAGAUGAAUCCUCUGGUGAGGCGCCCACUUUAACUGACCGGCUCUGACUAAAUUUUAUCUUUACUGUUA